AUGGCGUCGGUUAAACGCCCGACGUUGUUGCGGGAAUUCUUGGUCACUCUGUAUUGCAAGUGCGAUAUCGGUUUCAGUCUUCGACCAGAUGGAAGAACUUGUGAAAGCACUUGUGGUGGAUUCCUGCGUGCCUCAAGCGGCUCCAUUCAGAGCCCAAAUUUCCCCGAGAACUAUCCACCUGGGAAAAAUUGUGUUUGGGAGAUUGAAGCUGGUGAAGGAUAUCAGCUGGAGUGCUGGAUGGCUGGACUGCUGGAUGGCUGGACUGCUAAAUGGCUGGACUGCUGGAUGGCUGAACUUAGCAUUCAACUGGACUGC